GAUGGCCCGGCCCGGGCAGCGUUGGCUCGGCAAGUGGCUUGUGGCGAUAGUCGUGUUGGCCUUGUGCAGGCUGGCCACGCCGCUGGCCAAGAAUCUCGAGCCCGUGUCCUGGAGCUCUCUCAACCCCAAGUUCCUGAGUGGGAAGGGCCUGGUGAUCUAUCCAAAAAUCGGAGACAAGUUGGACAUCAUCUGCCCCCGAGCAGAAGCAGGGCGGCCCUACGAGUACUACAAGCUGUACCUGGUGCGGCCAGAGCAGGCAGCUGCCUGCAGCACUGUGCUUGACCCCAACGUGCUGGUCACAUGCAAUAGGCCAGAGCAGGAAAUCCGCUUCACCAUCAAGUUCCAGGAGUUCAGCCCCAAUUACAUGGGUCUGGAGUUCAAGAAACAUCAUGAUUACUACAUCACCUCUACAUCUAAUGGGAGCCUGGAGGGUUUGGAGAACCGAGAGGGAGGUGUGUGCCGCACGCGCACCAUGAAGAUCAUCAUGAAAGUUGGGCAAGAUCCCAAUGCUGUUACACCUGAGCAGCUGACUACCAGCUGGCCCAGCAAGGAAGCAGACAACACUAUCAAGAUGGGCACUCAGGCUCCUGGUGGUCGAGGAGCUCUGGGUGACUCUUAUGGUAAGCAUGAAACUGUGAACCAGGAAGAGAAGAGUGGUUCAGGUGUGAGUGGUGGUGACAGCGGGGACCCAGAUAGCUUCUUCAACUCCAAGGUGGCAUUGUUUGCAGCUGUUGGUGCUGGCUGCGUGAUAUUCCUGCUAAUCAUCAUCUUCCUGACAGUUCUGCUACUAAAGCUACGCAAGCGGCACCGCAAGCACACACAGCAGCGGGCACCUGCCCUCUCACUCAGUACCCUAGCCAGUCCUAAGGCGGGCAGUGGCACCGCAGGAACUGAACCCAGUGACAUCAUCAUCCCCUUACGGACUACAGAAAACAACUACUGCCCCCACUAUGAGAAGGUGAGUGGGGACUACGGGCACCCCGUCUACAUCGUCCAGGAGAUGCCACCCCAGAGCCCAGCGAACAUCUACUACAAGGUCUGAGAGCCUGGUGGCCUCAGGCCCAGAAGGACAGUUGGCUUGGACCACAUUUCUCUCUACCCUGCACCCCUCCCCUUGCCAGCUGUGCCCACCUUUGUAUUUAGUUUUGUAGUUUCUUGCCUUUUUAUAAUCCCCUUUUGCCCUGCCCUGGGGCUUCUGAGGGGGUACUCAUGCCUCCACCCCCAUGCUCUUGUGCCUUCCCCCUCUGGCCAGGCCUCUGGGCUCUGUGGGGGUGCCCCUUCUGGGGGAGCAGGGUUGGACAAUGACGGACAGCAGUCAUGGAGACGGUCCACUGACCCUGCCACCCUUGCCCCCUUGUCCCUUGCCCAGGACUGCUUGUCAACUAUCAUCACUGUUUUAAAUGUUUUGCGUUCAUAUUUUUAUCUGUCAACUAUUUUUCAUCUGUAUUUUUUGAAGAAAAAUUGAAAAAUGGAAAAAGUAGCCCCUCCUUGCCCCUGUUUUCUAAGCUUAGCCCAAUCCAGUGUAAAGGGCCUGGGGCAGGAUGUGGUCAGCCAGGAAGCAUAGGAUGUCAUUAAUUGAUAGACUCCUUGGUGUUUGGUGGGAGGGUUAGGGGAGCAGGCCAGCAAUCUGUGUACCCAAAAGAGAUGAAAGGAGUGCCAUUAGUCAAGGUGUUUUGCCCUACCUCCUGACCUUUCUUCUGCAAAACUGAUCUUGGUAAGUGGAUAGCGCCUGCCACCAAAAAAAAUCCCUUCCUUGUGAGAUUCUUGGGCAUCUCCUGCUUCCCUCACUCUCACGGUAAUUAGCCUCUUAAUUGGCUGUUGCCUAGGGAACAGGAGAGCUGUUGCAGGCAGAUGACCUCAUAGAAGGUGGAGGGAGAUGCAUUGCCCAGGUGGCUAUUUGCCCUGCAGAACUGGGAGUACCCCCCCUUACCUGUCCUGUUCUCUCAUCUUUGGCAUUCUUUGGCCUGGUGGGGAAACAGAGGCUUGGGCAGAGACCUAAGUGGGUGUAAGAUCAGACAGCCUGCUUUUCUAGGCUCUAACAUAGAUGGGUUAUCACACAACCCAGAUUCUACUAGCCACCCAUUCUUGGACUGGGACCUAGAAAGAGAAAGAGGCUGCCGGUGCUGGGUCAGCAUGUUGUGCACUUUGAUCCCAGCUCCUUGCCAGUAUGACUGCUAACAGAUUGCCAAAUGAGUGUGCCUUGCAGGCUCUCCCAGAGUGACCAUGGAAGGAGCUAGGCUUUAUACCAUCCACCACCACACUGCCUCCUGGCCAGCUGCCCACACAGUGCCAGGUGGGAGAGGGAAUCAAAGAGCCAACCCCUUUCCAGGUGGUAUUCUGAAGGGUUUUUGUUUUUGUUUCUGUUCCCAUUUGUGUAAAUACUAGUCUUUUUGGAAAAAAAUAAUGUAAAGAUGUUUUGUAUAAACUCUGAAUUAUUUUCCUGUUGCUUUUUUCUUAGAAAAAAGAGAACUAAAAAAAAUAACUUCUUG